GCGACAAUGGAUUUCAUUAUCAACAAUACAUCAUGAAAGUUCCCGAAGAUCUUAUCCAUUUGUAUAUAAAUCCUUGCUUCCCCAUACCAAAAUCAAUCAGCAAUAAAACAAUUGAAUCAGUGAGAUACCUACACAAUCCAGUAAUCAAGCUCUUCAAUCUUUCAAUAGUUUCAGCCAACAUUAGAAGAUGUCGAUUGUCCCCAGCUUGUUCGGUGGCCGAAGGAGCAGCGUCUUCGACCCGUUUUCCCUAGACGUCUGGGACCCAUUCAAAGACUUCCCCAUUUCAUCUUCUUCUGGCGUUUCAAGGGAGACUUCUGCAUUGGUAAACGCCCGUGUGGACUGGAAGGAAACGCCAGAAGCUCAUGUGUUCAAGGCUGAUCUUCCAGGGAUCAAGAAGGAAGAAGUGAAGGUGGAGGUGGAAGACGGAAACAUCUUACAGAUUACUGGUGAGAGGAACGUUGAGAAAGAAGAUAAGAAUGAUAAGUGGCAUCGGGUUGAAAGAAGCAGCGGAAAAUUCACAAGGAGGUUCAGGUUGCCGGAGAAUGCUAAAAUGGAUCAGGUGAAGGCGGCUAUGGAAAACGGAGUGCUUACAAUUACUGUGCCCAAAGAAGAAGUGAAAAAGCCUGAUGUGAAGUCUAUUGAAAUCUCGGGUUAAAAAAACUCUAUCAGUUAACUCAUGUUGUCAUCAUAUCAAAUCCUUGAGUAAGGUUUAUUUGGGUGUGAAGUGUUUGUGUCAGUCCACAACGUGUUUGAUGAAAUGCAUAUCAUAAGUUGUAUACUUUUUGGUAAUAUUAAUGAUGAAUAAAAUUCUUGUUAGCUUGUAAA